AUGUCCCGACAGAUCAGGAACGUCGUUAUCGCAGGGGCCACCGGAAGCCUUGGAUCGCAUAUCCUGACCGCAUUGCUGAGCCACGGCGGCUUCAAUAUCACCGUCUUAACACGAAAGACCGGCGCCACUUUCCCUGCUGGCGUCACGGCCAAGGCGGUAGAUUUCAGCUCUCCCGCGGCAUUAGGUCUUGCUCUUGAGGGUCAGGACGCCGUGGUAGACGCACUUUCAAGUCCCGACCCUACCGUUUCCAUCGGCUUGAUCGAUGCCGCGGUCACUGCAGGAGUCUAUCGCUACGUCGCCCCAGAGUUCAGCACCGAUCCUAAGGACGACAAGACACGGUCACUGCCCGUCUUCCGCGGCAAGGCGCAGAUCUACGAUCAUCUCCAGAAGGUCGCCAAUGAUCAGAAGAUCACCUGGACUGCUAUCUCGAAUGGUGCCUUUUUGGACUGGUGUCUGCGAACAGGCUUUUUGAAUAUUGACCUUGUCAACAAGAAGAUUGUGCUCAUGAACGAUGGUACCCGCGUCUUCCCUUUGACCUGUCUUCCCGCCGUUGGUACAGCCGUUGCCAAUGCUCUGGCCCAAUCCGAGAAAACGAGGAACAUGAAUUGUUUCAUCUACGGCGUCCAGAAGAGUCAAAAGGAGAUUUCUGACCUGGCAAAGGAGGUUCUGGGUGCCGAGGGCUGGGAGAUAAAGAGCCAGGAUAUGAACGAGGCCUUUCAAGGAGCUCUAUCUGCCAUAAGCUCCGGAGACUACAGCUGGACGGUCCUGGGAGACUUGAUCCGGUACUCGAUCGCAACUCCGGGCUAUAGUGGGCUAUUUGAGCAGAACCACAAUGACCUUCUGGGCGUUCGACCCAUGAGCGAUGAGCAGGUCAAGGCGUUGAUCAAGGAGAUCUCUGAUGAGCUGAAGCCUGGUCCACAAUGA